AAAGAAUAACUACCCUUAGAUUAGAUCCUGUCAAGGGCCAAGAUUAAGUAACUAAUGUUAACUUUAAACUACCUGUUUUCAUCCUUUCCAUGCAAAACCUAAUUUUGUUCUCUCUCCUCUUCUCUCUCUCUUCCAAAAACGUCUGUAUGAUCCCUCCCAUCUCUAACUACACAUAUCUCCUAUCAUAUUCUUUUUGUCAAGAAAUUUCAUGAAAUCCAUUACCGCAUCGCAUGAAGAGGCAGGAACUAGUAACUCUACGCAAAGCAUAAACAUUGCCUCAUUAAAUCUGUCUACACCACCUAAGAAAAGUACGAACAUCACCCCAUGCGGAGAACAUGAGUUCACUCGAGUUGUUCCAGCAGAAUUAAUUCCUAAAGUUGGGCAGAUAUUCGACAGUCUUAAAGAUGCAAUAGACUUUUAUAAUAUAUAUGCUGUGGCAUGUGGAUUUGAUACUAGAAUGUCUACCGAGACUCGAGCAAAGGAUGGCACUAUUGUAUUCAAAUACAUUUUGUGUAACAAGCAAGGAGUGAAGGCAGUGGCUGCAGCAAAUCACACAACUAAUAUUGAGUCGAUUGAGCCAAUUUCCCCAACUCAAAAGAGGAGGAGAAAACUUACACGGGUUGGUUGCAAAGCCAAGAUUGUUUUCCGACUUCAUGAGAAAAGGAAGUAUCGAGUAUGGUCUUUUCAUGAAGGACAUAACCACAAGCUACUAAGUCCUGAAGAAGGACAAUUCCAAAAGUUGAAAAGAAAUUUGACGAUGUAUCAAAAAAAAAUGAUAAUUGAUAACUCUAAACUCAACAUUGGAGCAACAAAGACGUACCGAAUGUAUAAGGAGAAGGUUGGUGGUUAUGAAAAUGUUGGAGCAACUGUUGGCGACUUCAAAAACUUUGCACGGGAUGUUAGAGCAUACAUUGGAGAACAUGAUGCUGAUAUGUUUAUAAGCACCUUAAGUACACAAAAGGAGAUGAAUAGUGGAUUUUUCUUUGACUAUGUAGCUAAUGCGAAAGAAGGUUUGCAUAGAGUGUUUUGGGCCGAUGCUUUGUGUAGGAGAAACUACUUUGCUUUUGGAGAUGUUGUCUCGUUUGAUGCUACGUAUGGAACAAACAUGUACAACUUGGUAUUCUGCCCAUUUACAGGGAUUGACCAUCAUAAAAGAUAAUUCAUAUAACUCUUAUGACUACUAAAAUACUCUUGCAACUCUAAUUAGUAAUUCAUGUAACUCUAAUCAAAUACUCUUGUAACUCUAAUCAAAUAAUCUUGUAACUCUAAUGAAAUACUCUUGUAACUCUAAUUAGUAAUGCAUAUAACUCUAA